UAACAUUUAAGAAUCAUCUCGUUAAAACAAAAGAGUGCCUAAGCCUCCACUUUCUUAUCUUUUUGUAAAAAAAUAAUUCACAUUAUGGCUAAGAAGUUGCUUCUGCUUCUUUUACUAAUUAUUUUAAGCCUACAUGCAUGUUCUGGCUCUAUUGUCAAUUUUCUUCCUGGUUUUGAAGGCCCUCUUCCUUUCGAGCUUGAGACUGGGUAUAUUGGUGUUGGUGAAGAAGAGCAAGGGCAAUUGUUUUACUACUUCGUUAAAUCUGAGAAGAAUCCAAAAGAAGAUCCUCUUCUUCUCUGGUUAACUGGAGGACCUGGCUGUUCUUCUCUCUCUGCUCUCUUUUUCGAGAACGGGCCUGUGACAUUUAACGAAGGUAGUAGACCCGCCUUACUUUCUACAACACAUUCAUGGACAAAGGUGGCAAACAUAAUCUUUUUGGACCAGCCUAUUGGUACUGGCUUCUCCUACGCAACAACUGAGCUUCUUGAUACACCUAGUGACUCAGGACAAGCUAAGCAGAUCCAGGAAUUUAUUCGGAAGUGGUUAAGUAAGCAUACAGAGUUUAUCUCGAACCCUUUUUAUGUCGCUGGAAAUUCGUAUUCUGGUAAGACUAUUCCUGCCACCGUUCAAGAAAUCUCCAAAGGAAAUGAUCUUGGGUUUAAACCUCAAGUAAAUCUUAAGGGUUACAUAUUAGGAAACCCGGUAACCGACUUGGAAUUUGACCAUAACUGUGGCGUUCCAUUUGCCCAUGGAAUGGCAUUGAUCUCUGAUGAACUCUACGAGUCGUUGAAGAGAAGUUGUAGAGGAAGCUAUGAGUAUAUAGAUCCACAUAACACAGAGUGCUUGAAAUAUCAUGACGAAUUUCUAAAGUGUAUUUCUGGCCUAAAUAUUGAUCAUAUUCUAAUGCCACGGUGCGAAGCCCCCGUGUGGCAAAGAAGAUAUCUUCGCCUCCUUAGAGACGUUUCGGCUCCGAUAGUUGCAGAUGGAUGCUAUAAACAAACAGAUUUACUAUCUUCCCUCUGGGCCAAUGAUGAGAGUGUACGUAAAGCACUUCAUGUAGUAAAGGGAAGUAUAGGAAAAUGGGUACGGUGUUCUUCAGGCAAGCCUUAUGAUUCCGAUAUCAAAAGCAGCGUACCAUACCAUAUGAAUAAUAGCAUCAAAGGAUACCGAUCGCUCAUAUUCAACGGUGAUCACGAUUAUGUGGUGCCUUUCAUUUCAACACAAGAGUGGAUAAGAUCUCUCAGUUAUUCCAUUAUUGAUAAUUGGAGGCCAUGGAUUAUAAACAAUCAAGUUGCUGGAUACACUCAGACUUAUGCCAAUAACAUGACAUAUGCUACUGUCAAAGCAAGUGGGCAUACACUUGAUUUCAAACCAAAUGAAAGCUUUAUCAUGUUUCAGAGGUGGAUUAGUGGUCAACCUCUCUAAAAUCCCAAUAAGGUUCCGCUGGUGUAUUCUAAACCAGUUUAGUAGUACGUGUUUUGUAUUACCAUCAGUACCCCUUUUGUUACGAAGUUCCUGUAUCAAUUUUAUUGUAUGUUACAAAGUUCGUGUACCA